AUGAUUGGAACAUCUACAGCUGAGUACUUCUUUAUUCGGAUUUGCAUCCUGUUUCUUCACAAUAUUGCACCAAUCAGUGUUUUAUACUGCAUUCAAUUACUGGUCGUUCAAUUCUUUCAUCUGCCAAAUUAUGCUGAACGCACACCCUACGCUGUCCAAAUUUGGCUCACUGCAGAGGCAGUCUUUUUUACAACUGUCUACAUACCACUUACAUACACUCUCUACCAUUCUCCUAUCUGCCACAGGUCUUUGUCUGCGGAGUUCAGAGAGAACUUGUUUAGGAAGUGCAAUAAGUCUGUGCCAAAUCUGGAGAAAUACCUCAGCCAGUGGCUUAUGGUUUCAGAUGCCGAAUGCAUAAAGCGCGAUAACGUGAAAGACUUUAUCAGAUGGUCAUUGUUUGGACCCGAACAUACCCAGGAGCAAGACCAGCAGAAUGAGCGGGAAAUUGAGGCCUACACAACAGAACUUGAGAAGCUGAUUGGACGAAAACUGUCAUCGGGAAGGAUAGAUGUGAAAGGCCUAGGACGGCUUUUAAAUGAAGCAGGUGGCUCACAUCGAAGUCUGUUAUGGUAUGGUGUUAGUUAUCUCUCUCUCUCUCUCUCUCUCUGUUGCGUCUUUGUGGUUGACACAAUAAUGUACUGCACGAUGCUAUACAAUGGAUUUCACUUCUAUCGCAAUUCGCUCUCGCGAUUCUUUACCCUCUUUCCGUUUCGCCCUCUCACGAUACUCACGGCCUACCGAUCCCCGGCGCGGCAUCUCACAUACUGGCAUCGACGGCAUACGUCUAAGAAACGGCUACCGGUACUAUUCAUACAUGGUAUCGGAAUUGGCUUGUACCCUUACACGAUAUUUCUCCGAGACUUAGUUGAGCAACUACAGGCGGGAACAACCGCCGAUAGUGAGGUCGGCAUCAUCGCACUUGAAAUCAUGCCGAUAAGCUCUCGGAUAACCCAUCCUGCUCUCGAAAAAGAGGUGAUGGUGUGUGAGAUCAUGGAGAUCAUUCGGUAUCAUGGAUGGAGCAAGUUCGUGCUUGUGUCUCAUUCAUAUGGUUCCAUAAUCGCUGCACACCUUCAUAAGUCCGAUCAGUUUGCCCCGCUCAUCGGGCCUACGGUCUUCAUCGAUCCGGUAUCAUUCCUUCUUCAUCUACCUGACGUGGCAUACAACUUCAUAGCCCGCCCGCCAGCAAGGGCCAAUGAAUACCAGCUAUGGUAUUUCGGAAGUCAAGACAUAGGAGUUGCGCAUACGUUGGCGAAAAGAUUCUCCUGGAUUGACAACAUCAUUUGGAAGGAAGACUUUGGGAUAAAAGCCGAAAAAGACCAACACGCAGGUAGAAAUGUUACAGUUGUUUUAAGUGGGAAAGAUUUGAUCGUGGACACCGAGACAGUGGGACAGUACUUGAUGGGUUCAUCAGAAGUCCGGGCAAUUGACAAAGAAGCAGCACAGCCAUGGAAGAAUAGGCCCUGGAUUGGAUACGGCCUUGAGCUGCUGUGGUUUGAGCAGUUGGAUCAUGCUCAAGUUUUUGAUUUUGGGAAUACUAGGCAGCCAGUUAUUGAAGCGAUCUGCGCCUAUUCGAAACAAGGCUGA